AUGUCAUCUCCAUCUGACAUCAUCGCUCGUCCUUCUCCAGCAAGAGAGGGUGAAGAUACGGAUCAAUACGACCUGAUGGUGGCUGUGAGAAACACGGAGAAGAGAAUGAAGUUGGCCGAGGGAUUUGUGACUUUAUUACAGCAGGAUAAAGGGAAAUCAUAUAUCGGUCUUCCGUUCUCUUGUGGAUAUGGAUUCAACAUUCGAUUGGGAUAUGAUGUGUGCUUAGGACCAGAUUGUCAACUAAUUGAUGUCUGUCCUAUAAAGAUCGGAAACCGAACGAUGUUAGGUGGAAGCGUGGAGGAGUCAUCAUUUGGUCCAGGAGUGAAGAUAGGAAAUGGAGUGACAAUAGGAGCAGGAUCAGUGGUGACGAAAGAUACAGAAGAUCGGGUGGUAGCUGUUGGGAAUCCUGCUAGACCAAUCAAGAAGAUCCUGGAGGAUGGUACGACCGUGUUGAUACCCAAGGCGUGA